CCGAUCCUCUUUUGAGUUGGAACGGCUCCGUGGCCGUUCGUCCGAAUCAUACGCCGGCUCGUGCGAGCUCGAUAAACACGUUCCAAUUCGUGGUUCCUGAGAUUCGUCCGGAUCCCAGUGGAGGUUUUUUCGACAUAACACGAGAUAACAAGAGGAAGAACGAAGAAGGAAUUCUCGAGAAAAUUCUCUCACCUCGAUCGAAUACGCGGUGUCGAUGAAGAGGGCCACGUGAUCAUCGCAACCGGUUCGAUAAUGCGGCCGAUUGGUUGGGCGAUGGCGUGCGCGUUGCUCGCGUCUACUUUUCCAAAAAGUGCAUCGCUACUCGCCAGCGUGGAGGAGGAGAGUGUCGAUGGUGUCGUUGCUGCUUACCGCCGUCCAACUCGACGCGGCGAACUGAUCGAACUGCUGCCCAUUUUCAAGGACACUGCGCAGAAUGCACACCGACUCGAACAAUUCCCCGACGACGAGAGGAGAAGGAGGAGAAGGAGGAGCGUACAGGAAGGGACGAGAAGGGAGGGUCGAACGUUCGGCCAUAAGAGAAUCCAAUUCAUGUUGAUGCCGAUGAUGUACAAAAUGGGAGUGAUGAUGACGAUGCUGAUCGUCUUGACGGCGAUCUCCGUCAAGGGAUUGCUCGUUGGUGCCAUGUUAUUAAUGCUGAAACUGAGCACGCUAAUAGCCAAGUUCUCCUUCGGUUGGCAGCACAAUGCGCAGACUCCUCAACCGAUCCAUGUGCACGUUCACAACAGUCCACCAACGGCUCACAAUCAAGCGUACAGCGGUUGGAUGCCGGGGAGCGGUCCAGGAGGGGAACACCAUUACUACUACAGAGCAUGACACUCUCUCGAAGAGAGCGUUUCCUCGAUAUAUUUGUCGCAAUUAGAAUUAGGCUUAUUCGGGGCCUCCUCGUUCCUUCCUCGACCAUAUCCAUACCUCAAUAUCGAAGAAAAAUCGCGAUUUUUUUUUUGUGAUAAUUUAAUCGACGAACCGAUGCUACGUUUGCUCUCCAAACCAAAGUACCAAAGGAUACUCUCGAAUUUAAGCUUUAUUUAAGUUUUAUUUAUUCGAAGUGUAAGGCGGACACAACUCGCGUAUAGAUAUAAUCGAGAGAGA